GGCGGGAUUGUCAAAAUAAAGUCUUUCACAUGGCUACUAAACAUUGUGAAAAACGAAAAGAAUUAAAUAAUUUAAACUGUUUUUAUACUUAAUUCCAUGUAUGUGAAUGCUACAGUUAGUAAUUGUUACUACAAACCUUUAAAAUGCAAAGUGAACCGUGUGCAGUGUGUAGUGGUACAGAAUUAGAGUUAAAAGAUGGGUUUUACUACUGCAUGGAAUGUGGUACCCAAAACACAGAUGUACGAGAGACCGUGGUGGAAGACAAGGCUUUGGGAAACGGCACCUUUGCUGUAGGCACGAGAAAGAAAAUCCUAACAAGAGAUAAUGAAACUCAAAUGAGCGCAGAAUGGUACAAAUGGCACGCCUACAACUUCAUAAUAUCAGGUUUGGCCGAUGAACUGGUAGUGGCUGGAGCUAAACCCAGCUUUAAGCUAAAACUCCUGUGGAUCUGGACUCGGUACAUGAAGAAAUAUCAGAAGAAAGAGGAUAUGGGGCUAGCAAGAAAUCCUGCAGACGGAAAUGCAGAAAAUAUAACACUCCCAAGUUUUAUGGUGGAAGAAAAUAGUACCAGUAACCCGGUACCUGAUGAGGAAACUGAACAAGAUAUAGAUGAAGGAGCAAAGAAACCUUACAAAAAGUAUGUUAUCGUAGAAGGCUCUAAGAGAGAUAUCAAAUUCCUAUCUAGAGGAGUCAUAAUGGCCAUGUUAUACUUAGCACUAAAUCUAGACGAGAGUGACAUCCAACUAUCUCAUAUUAUAAGGUUCAUUAAGGAAAAACAUCUAAAUUUUUCCAACAUUACAAGAUUUUUACCCAAAGAUAUAAAUGUGAAAACUAUACAAGGACAGUGGACUUCAUUUAUUAAUAGUAAAGUAUGUAACGUGCAUACUGUGCGAAAACUUGCUAUGUCACUCUUGAGGAAAUUAGAUUUAGGAACACCAAAAGUACCAAAUUUAAGGAAAAUAGUUGAUAAUAUUCUGACGGAACUGUGUCUGCCGAAUGAUUUAAAACCUUUGGUUUACGCGUUAAUGCAUUUCAACCGGUGUGAAUUCAUGGACGUGAGUAACAAAAAUAAAGAUCAUUUGAUAAAAUUGCCCGAUUACGAGGGCAUAGUCAUGUCUUACGUACUUGUCGCUAUGAAGAUGUGUUUUGGCCUAGAUGGCCAUUAUGAAGAGAAACUAUCAGACGCAGUAGAAAAGAUAAAUAACGACCGUAAUCUUCCAAAAUCGCACAAAAUUGGAAAGUACUCAGAACCAAGUACAAGGCUGUUUUCGUUUAGAGAAUGGUGCAGUUAUAUGCAAUUUAGGAAGAUGACACUUUGUCAAUCUUGUCUGAAUAUGGCAGAACAACAUUGUUUAGAUAUAGACGACUAUGUUUAUAUGGAACAUGUGGGUGAAAUGACAGAGAAUAAUAAAGACUUGCAAGAUGAAACCGCAAUGGAUAUAAUCAGCAGGAUACCUAUAGAGGACGAAGGGAGAGUUAUUCCCAAACAUCUGUUUUUACCGUCUCUCACGCCAAUGUCGGAUUACACUGAGAUCAUAAUGGAUCACAGUCAAGACCCAGGUAUGAUGAGCGAAGAUUUCACUCAAUAUUCUCUUAAAUAUGCUUGUGAACAUUUAGAAUUGGUCGACACAAAUGCAGAAAACAUUAUCAGAGGUGUAAGUGAAGAUGGCAAAAUUACCAACGAACUUAUUCUAGGCACAAUAAUACAAAAGAAAAGUAAAACUGAAAUGGUUUAUGUUAAGAACUGUGAGAAUAAAAAUUGGAUGAUAACAAAACCACCUAAAAUGGAACAUGUUUUGUGUGAUGAAGAGCAAAACACUAGUAAUGGUGAAGAGCAAAAUAUAAGUAAUGACAAAGAGGGUGAUCAAAGUACGAUUGUUGAAAAAGAAAGUAAUCAAAAUGUGAACAAUGACAAGGAAGCUGAUCAAAACAUAGGCAAUGUUAAAGAAAGUGAUCUGAACAUGAGUGAAGACAAAGUUGAUCAAAAUAUCUCAAAUGACAGGGAACCUGAUCAAAAUAUCUCAAAUGACAGGGAACCUGAUCAAAAUAUCUCAAAUGACAAGGAACCUGAUCAAAACAUGAGCAAAGACGGAGAAAGUGAUCAUGGUUAUGAUUCAGAACACCCAGCAAGUGAAAAAGUAGUUUCCCAAGAUAUCCAAAUUACCUUCGAAGAGGUAGAUGAAAACGAUCAGCCCGUAACAGAGGAACAAAGACCAGUUAUUAUAAAAGAAGAAGAUAAAGAUAACAAUAUUUUCGACGACACAUUUUUAGAGCUAGAUAUAAAAGAUCAGAUCGAGCAAGAGCAACUUGAAGAUCUAAAUAUCGAAGAUCAGCCUUGGCAGAAUAAUCAUAGUAUCCAAGAAGAUCGCGCGAGUAUUAGCGAUGUUUCCGAUUUCGGCUCCGAAAUGACGCAAUUCAAUCCAGAUACUUUCAAUAGGGAACAAACUAUUAAAGAGUUAAUUUUAAAUGCUUGCAAAAAAUAUAAAAUUCCUGCUCCCCCUGAGUAUAAAACCAAAGAAAAAGUACAGAGGAAAAGGAAAACUGGAGUGUUUGGUAGUGACGAUGGUCCGAGUGUACCUAGAAAAAGAAAUAAAAUCAACAAAAAUAAAGUAGAAGAGCUAAUUAGUAGUUACAAGACUCAGAUGCAGUCAGAUUUACUAACUAGAAUGCAAAAUGAUGUCCAUUUAGCUAUUCAAAACCCUAGGUUAGAUGAAUCAGCUAAUCCGGCUAACGAACCAGAUAGUGAUGCCUUAAGUGUGAGAACUUCCGUAAGUGUUGGCAAUGCAGAAAAUCAAUCAAUUGUUGACCCACAAAGUAGUGUAAUACAACAAAACGAUAAUAAUAUGGAACAAAAUCCAGAAGAAACUGAAGUUAUAGAUGAAGAAUAUGAAUCGAAACUGUUCGAGAAUGACGAACAAAUGGAAGUAGAUGAUCUCAUAAAGAAAAGUGAUCCUAAAUUUGACGAAAAGAAGUACAAUACAGAACAAUUGUAUAUAAAAGUAAAGGAAGAAGAUGUUAGUGUAGAUGAUAUUUUCGAUUUAUCCAUCAAUCCUGAACUAGAAGAAAUAAUCACUAAAAAGAUUGAACAAAACAAAGAUCGUGCGGAAUUUGAGAAUUUGAAAGCUGGGCCUAGUAAAGUGAAAACAAAAUAUGAAAGUGAUUCUGAGGAUGAAAUCCCGUUAAAAACUAUACAAGAAGAUAAGAAGAAAAUAGAGGAAAUGUUAGAAUGGGAAGAGAAUUUUGAACCUUUGAUAAAUAAGGAUGAUUUACCAGAAUUUAAAUACUGGGUUAGGCAUUACGACAAGGAUUUCAUGACUAGAUCACAGGAUUGGCACAAAAAGUUUGAUGACGAAUUAAAGGAGAACACUCCAAGUAGUUUCUUCUUCGUCAUUGGAGAAUGCGCCGCCAUUUUGAGUUCUUCAACUUUUACUCUGUACAAACACAUGCAGAAUCUGGAGAGUUACAUCAUUGCUAGGGCAAAAUAGUGUAUUUUUUAAUCUGACUCAAACGGGCAAAUAUGUCACGUGAAUGAAAGCGAUUCGGCGUCAUAAUGCGUUGCCGGAUAACGGAGGAUUUCAAUAACAUAUCGUCUGUGGAUUAGCUUACGAGGAGAUAGUAAAUUGACAUUAGCUCCGUGCAAGACAUUUCAGAUUCCUAUCUCUAGUACCUAAACUGAUAGAAUAUUGAAAUCCGUCAUGAAUUGUGGACGACAGAAGAUUUGUGGACUAUCUGUUGACGAUAAAUCAAGAUAAUAUGAAGUGAAAUGUUUCUUAAUUAACUUAUUACGUAGAAAAUAUGUCUGGAUUUUUAUCCAGGCAAAACAAAUCAGGCACAAAUGAUUUUGUAUUUAACGACUAUUUUUAAGAAACUCCUGUGAUCUCGUAAGAUGUGAUAAAUGUUUUAGAACAGUACAAGAACUUUAUAAACCGCGAAAUAUUUUUUUUAUAAACCACGAUAUUGGCUUAGUAAAAUUAGCAUAAUUUUCAUGAAGUAUGAAUCAUGAUAAGUCAUAAUUAUGACCGCCUGACCCAUUUAAUUAAAAUUACUGUAAAUACAAUUAUGUUCUAAGAGUAAUUAAGUUUAAGCUAAUUAAUAUGUUAAGUUUUAACCUGUGAGAUGAAUCCAUUAAAAUUGUAUUGUGUUAUAA